AUGGCUCAGGGCGAAUCGGCGAGGGUGCAAGAGGCACAGAAGGCGGCCAAGUCAGAUCCCCGAAAGGCAGAGCAGCUCUACAAGGACAUCAUCUCCAAGCCCCCUUCCGCAACCUCCGAUGCUGCGGUGAAGGAGUACGAGACGGCGUUGAUUAGCUUGGGAGAGCUGUACCGGGAUGAGAAGAACACGCAGGAGCUUGUCGACCUUGUCACAAAAAGCCGAACAGUGCUUUCGUCAUUCGCCAAGGCGAAGACAGCAAAGCUUGUCCGCUCGCUCCUCGACCUCUUCGAGAACAUUGAGGGCAGCACCGAUAUUCAGAUUGCCGUUACGAAAUCAUGUAUAGAAUGGGCCACCUCCGAGCGCCGCAGCUUCCUGCGCCAGAAUCUCGAGACCCGCCUGGUCACCCUCCUCAUGCAGAAGCAGGCCUACUACGACGCCCUCACACUCAUCAACGGCCUCCUCCGCGAGCUCAAGCGCCUAGACGACAAGCUUGUCCUGGUUGAGGUACAGCUCCUCGAGUCGCGCGUCUACCAUGCUCUCGGCAACAUCCCCAAGGCCCGUGCCGCCCUCACCAGUGCCCGUACGAGCGCCGCCUCCGUCUACACCCCUCCCCUUCUCCAGGCCCACCUCGACAUGCAGAGCGGUAUGCUCCACGCCGAAGACAAGGACUUCAACACGGCCUUCUCCUACUUUAUCGAGGCCCUCGAUGGCUACCACAGCCAAGACGAGCACACAAAGGCUACCGCCGCCCUGCAGUACAUGCUGCUCUGCAAGAUCAUGCUCAACCUCGUUGACGACGUCAACAACCUGAUGACAUCCAAGCAGGCCCAGAAGUACGCUAGCAAGAACCUCGAGGCUAUGAAGGCUAUUGCCAGAGCGCACUCAAACCGUUCUCUCGAGGAGUACGAGCAGGCUCUGCAGUCCUACCGCGAGCAGCUUGGCAGCGACGCCUUCAUCCGCAACCACCUGCGCCGGCUCUACGACGCAAUGCUGGAGCAAAACCUUAUCAAGGUGAUUGAGCCAUUCUCUCGCGUUGAGAUCAACCACAUCGCCAAGAUGGUCGGCCUCGACACGCAACAGGUCGAGCGCAAGCUCUCCCAGAUGAUUCUCGACAAGGUCAUCAUUGGUGUUCUGGACCAGGGUGCGGGAUGCCUCAUCAUUUACGACGAGACGGAGCGCGACAGCGCAUACGACCAUGCUCUUGCUACGAUUGAGAAGCUGAGCAGCGUGGUGGACGUCCUUUACACCAACCAGGCCUCGAUGCUCGAGUAA